AUGUCAGCGGUCAAACCUCGAGAGUUCAAGUUCGUCGGCGCAUUCAGUCGCAAGAGGAGACGUCGUGAUGGGACAGCACCUGGAUCGAUUGACUUCGUCGGACCGACAACACGAUCGAAGCAAGCAGCGACGAAACCGCAGAGUGAAGCUGUUGCUGCUGAGCCUGCGACGCCGCCAAAGUCGGCGGAUGGCAAUAGCGAAGGUCAGGAUAAGAGUGGUGAGAAUACUACGCCCCCAGCGGUAGAAGCGACAGAAACAGAGGCGCAGGCUCCUCUUGCAACGACGCCAGUGAUUCCUCACGAGAAUGCCAAUCCGUUUGAUCACGAUAUGAUGAUGGGAGAGGGUAUGAACAGCGGAAGUGAUAUCGACUGGACAUAUUCAAGUCUUAUGAACCCUUUCAUAGAUACAGGUCCCUCGUUCAUGGCGCCUUUUGAUCAAGUCAAUGGCCAACUGCCCAUUUAUUUUGGGCCUGACAUCCCUCUCAUUCAACUGGGCGACUCAUCAUCUACCGACAACUCGCCUGAGAAUCACUUCAUCGGGCCUCAAUUGCCAAAUGAAACCGACGGUACAGCGGGAGAGUUUGCUACAGAUGCACAGGCGCAAGCAAUUGAAGAGCCCGUCUUGCCAUUGCUCAACUCUCACGCGGCGCCGAGCAACAUUAGCGACACCAUUGCGCAGCUACUGACUCGAUAUGACCAAGAGUUUUGCGUCAUGCCUCUGACCCACGACUUUGCCGCCAAUCCAUUCCGAUUCGACGCCGAAACAGGUCGGGGCUCACAACUUCUCUUACAUUGCAUCCUCGCUCUCUCUUACAAACACAUCAAUCGAGAUACGGGAUCUUGCGCCGGAGAGGCCAAGAUGCAUAAGAAGAAGGCUCUCCAGAUGCUCAAAGACAUGGAAGGCGUGUCGCAGGCGUCACCGAUUGAAGCGACUUUCUUGGACGCGGUGUUGAUCCUCAUGACACUUGAUUGCGCAACAUCUGCUCAUGGUCCUUGGACUUGGUAUCUCAAACGAGCGCAUAAAAUGAUACAAGCUGCCGAAUUCUGUAACAUGAAGAAGACGCCUCGAAUGCAAGCACGCAUUGAGAUGCUAGUCUGCCCUCACAAGCCGCCAAGGAUGCGUCCUCUCCGAAUCCACGAUAAUCAGCCUCUUCAACUCUUCAACCACGACAAAACAAGCGACGAGACCUUCUACAGCGUAUCAGGCUGUCCCGAAGCCUUAUUCCGCCACAUUAUCCGCCUCGGAUCCUACGCACGAGAAUUCGAGCUCAUAAGCAACAUGACCUGUGCAAAAUUCGACAUGGAGCACGUUCUCAACGUGGAGAAAGAAAUACGCGAGUGGACAGACCCAGAGUACGGAGACAUCCCAGACCAACUCGUCUCAGACACUACAGGCUGCGAUAUAGGCGAUGUAGCACACUACAAAGAAGACUUACACCACUGCGCCGAAGCAUGGAGAUACGGGCUUCCUGGCGCGCAAGACGCUUAA